AUGUGUCUAGAACCAAUCACCCUCGUUGUUUCGGGAUCUUUGUUGUUCUACUUAUGCUUUGUGAAAUAUUUUAGACGUAGAGAGAAGUUAAGAGCAACCACCGUAGUACAAACAGAAGAUAGAUACAAGUGCUGUUACAGCAAACAAGAAGAAAAAAUGAGCGAACUUGCUAAUGUUAACGACGUCCCAAUGAAGAUAAGGAACCACAAGUAUCCUGCCAAAGAGCAUAACUUAAGAGUCAAGGAUUUGCUAUUUGAACGCAAUUCAAAGUUAUCUAAGGGGUCUACGGCAUUUUUCAUUGCUGGUGAAGAGUUAGAAGGAAAUAAAUACUGUGACACCACUAGGGAGUACAGACAAAACAGAUAUUUCUACCAUUUGUCAGGCGUUGACAUUCCCGCCUCUGCGUUAUUAUUCAACUGUAAUACUGACAGACUGACGUUGUUUUUGCCAAACAUCGAUGAAGAAGACGUCAUGUGGAGUGGUAUGCCAUUGAGUUUGGAUGAAGCUAUGAAAACGUUUGACGUUGAUGAAGCUUUAUACAGGUCUGAUUUGGAGUCAAAACUUCAAGACUUGCAAGAAUUUACCAUUUUUACGACGGAUUUAGACAAUAUUCACGAUAAGAACAUUGAAAAAUAUCUGACCCCAUCCGAUUCCGAUUUUUUUUAUGCCAUGAACGAAACUAGAGCCAUUAAAGAUUGGUACGAAAUUGAAACCAUCAGAAAGGCUUGUCAAAUUUCAGACAAGAGUCAUUUGGCCGUAAUGUCUGCUUUACCUAUUGAACUAAAUGAACUACAAAUCCAAGCUGAAUUCGAAUACCAUUCCACUCGUCAAGGUGGCCGUUCCCUAGGAUACGAUCCUAUCUGUUGCUCUGGGCCAGCAUGCGGUACAUUACAUUACAUCAAGAACUCUGAAGAUAUCGAAGGUAAACAUUCCAUCUUGAUUGAUGCAGGUGCAGAAUGGAGACAAUAUACAAGUGAUAUCACGAGAUGUUUCCCAACUUCAGGCAAGUUCACCAAGGAACAUCGCGAAGUUUAUGAGACCGUUCUUGAUAUGCAGAACCAAGCAAUGAGAUUGAUCAAACCAGGUGCUAAUUGGGACGACUUGCAUGCGUUGACACACAAGGUUCUUAUUGAGCAUUUCUUGAGCAUGGGAAUUUUCAAGAAAGAGUUCUCAGUGGAUAAAAUCUUCAGGAGCAGGGCUUCUUGUGCCUUUUAUCCCCACGGCUUAGGCCAUAUGUUGGGGCUUGAUGUCCACGACGUUGCCGGUAAUCCAAACUAUGAUGAUCCAGAUCCAAUGUUUAGAUAUUUGAGGAUCCGCCGUACUCUGAAGGAAAACAUGGUUAUUACGAAUGAGCCGGGCUGCUAUUUUAAUGAGUUUUUAAUAAAGGAGUUUUUAGAAAAAUAUCCAGAAAGAUUGGAGCUUGUCAACAUGGACAUAUUAAAAAAAUACAUGUACGUCGGCGGUGUGAGAAUCGAAGAUGAUGUUCUUGUGACCAAAGAUGGCUACGAAAACUUGACUGGCAUAACUUCCGACCCAGACGAAAUCGAAAAAAUCGUUCAAAAGGGUUUGGAGAAAACUCGUUCCGGUUUUCAUGUUAUUGUCUAA